ACAUCCCCAAAAAUGAAGCCGUAAGCCUUAACGUUCUGAAAUGCAGUCCUGAUGAUAUUGGAUAUUUUUGCUUGUUAGUUAUUAUGAGUAACGUUCAUAACGUAAAUAGCGAAGAAAGUGAGUCACGCGCAUGUCGCAGAUGUGUCUUAUUUUGGGGUUUUGGCACGAUUUACACUGUUUAUAAAGCAGACGUUGGUUAUAUACCGUACCGCGUUUUUAGAAAUGGUUAUAACGACGGGUGGAAUUCCUUAUAAACGCAUUAUAUGUACAUAUUAUGAAUAAACGGAUAACCAGUGCGAGGUCUGGGAUGUGUUAGACAGUAAGCAUCGUGGGAGUCAGUAUGUUGUGGACGUGGGAGGAAUCGGCAGGCGUGAAGACCCGGGCGAAUUCGUCAAGGCCGAGCGGCCGGGUCAGGGAGCGUGUUGGUAAAUCAGUGCUCCGUGAUUAAUUCUACACACGCAAACCUUUUAGUAAAUCAGGGCUUGAUUAUGUCGUGCCUGCAAAACCGCAUUCAGUCGGCGUGAAAGAUAUCACUUAAAGUCUUCCACUAAAGCCAGGGUGUGGGAAGCCGGCGUCUUGGUCAUGAUGUGAAUGCAUGAUUGAUGUAGCGUUUGAAGCAUGUGUGUAUGAGUGGGUCAGCUGGGGAACGGUGAACUCUGUGUAAUUUUAUUGUGGGCAUGUUGUCAGGUGUGGGAGAAAUUCAGCCCCGUUCAGCGGUGCAGUCUUUCCGAAGUCGCUCCUCCACGUCCCCUGAGCGCUCACUAACCCAAGGGGACGAGGAGGGUCGUGAGCUGCACGUUGUGGUAAACACAAAUGACCCAGAUUAUGAGCACGUUUACUCUAUAGAGAGCUAUGAUGACCCCAUGGAGGAAAUCGUUGACUUCAUGCCCUCGGUCAAUCAGAGCCAAGUGCGAGAGAAAAGAGAGGUUAAAGGUGAAGAUCCGUGCAUCUUGCCGCUGGAUGAGGGCGAGUGCUCCAGAUACACUCUUCGCUGGUACUUUAACUCUCAGGUGAGCGAGUGCAGACCCUUCAUCUACAGCGGCUGCGGAGGAAACGCUAACCGCUACGCACACAAAGAGGAGUGUGAACAACACUGCCUACAACAGAGCGGAGAUGCUCUGGGGUCGAUGAGCGGACGGUAAUGACGGGACCGCACACACACACGCACACACACACACACACACACGCACACACUCUCUCCAGCACAGCAGUGUUCAGUGUUCUUAUCACGCUCGCCUGAUGGAUCUCGUACAAUACAGCCGUCUUCACCUGUGCCAUCUUUAUCGUAUUUUAUCGCCUUUUUUUUUUUUUUUUUUUUAACAUUUUUAUUUAUUUUGUUUCAACAAAAGUUCAACCGUAUUUUAUAUCACAACUCAUUAUAUAUCACAUUUCAUUUCAUUAAGAAUUCACUACUUCCAAGCACAAUUAAGGGUGUAUAUUGUUGAAAACGUUUAGUUUUUUUGCCCCCCCCCCCCCUCCCCCCUCCCCCCUCCUCUCUACGUUUGUCCUCGUGUCCACACAGAGACGCAGUUUUGGCUCCUCCCCCCCCUUAGCAUUCGCUAUAGAGAUCGUCAAUAAACAUGGCCAAGAGACGCCUCAUUUUUUAGAGUCCACGAAGAAAACUCUCACCGUUUCAAAAUAAACUCUUUAAUCAUUUUUAAAGACGGGAUCCCGUGAAGCCUGUCAGUGCAGUGCCUAUAUCGUGCAUACAAACUGAGGGAGCGUAUGAAGAGAAGUGCCGAGAGCCAAUCGGCAGCCUUCACGAUUCUGUAGCUUGUGGCCAGAAAAGUGUAAUAAAUAAAUAAAUAAAUCAAUAAACAAUCAGACACUGCAUGGACCCUUAGGGUCUAUCUAACAAAAAAAUGAAUGAGUUUUUUUUUUUUUUUUCCCUUUUUUUUUAAAAAAAAAAAAAAAAAAGAAAAGAAAAAGAAUGAAAAUAAAGGUUACAAUGGUGAAUUAAAACCAAAAAUAUGGCUCGAUAUAAAUAUACUGAAUACGCAGUAAAAAAGAAAAACCGGAGGGGGGAAAUAGAGUAGCAGCAACGUGGGGUAUGUGUUUUUAAUUGUUAAAAGUGGAACCAUGGUGCAACUUUGUGUUAUUAUCUGUAAAACAUGUUCCCUCGCUGAUCUUUAGCCAUCGUGAGUGGCUCCACAGUCCAGACAUGAUUACACGCCAUCAGUUUUCCCCACUGAAAUCGUGCACUCGAUACACGCCGCGUUUGUGUCGAUCGGCUUUCUGGCCGUCGUUACUCUGGUGCUAUAAAAAGGCAGGACCUGUAGUACACACAGUCUGCUGCAGGAUUCUGCCUGUGUAUAAAACGUCUAAAAAUCACCCGCCUUAUAAUAAAACAUUUUGCAUCAGCUCAUUUUAAACCGUGGUACUGGUGUGCUUUGUCAGCGUGGGCGGAGUAUCGACUGAAAAUGCUCGUGCCGGUCGUGCAUCUCUAAUUGCGAUGACAUUACAGAAGCGAUGAUACGCCUGCUUAUAUGCGCAGCAUCACUGCCAUGUUCGCAGCUGCUAUUUUUAGUACGCAGUCCGUCUCUGCUGUAUAGAGAAGCCGUAACUGUAAAUAUAGAGCUGUAUUUUUUUUUUUUUUCCCCCCCCAUGCGUGGAAUCGAAAACGAAUGUUUCUUGAAUUGCAUGUUCACUUUGCUUUUUAAAAAAAAAGAAAGAAAUUCAAUAAAAUAAAGAGAACUGGUGCUAUUUUUCAGACAUAUUUAUAAUGUGGAUUGUGUUUGAUGAUGUCAUCUUGUAUAUGGUAAAAUGAUUAAAAUGUUCAAUUUGUCGACUUUG